AUGUCUGCGCCAAAUGUCCCCCGACUGAAACUAUGGUACUCUCCCGGAGCAUGCUCUUUUGCACCGCAUGCGCUUCUCCUCGAAUCUGGGCUCAGUUUUCAGCUAAUACUGUCCCAAGUGGGCAGCUUUACGGAUGAUUUCAUGUCUCUCAAUCCCAAGGGACGAGUACCUGUCCUGGCGAUGGAUGAAGAACUGGUGACCGAGAUGCCAGCAAUUCUCACAGCAAUAUCACAACACGUUCCUGAUCGCCACUUAUUGGGCAAAACACCUCUCGAAACGAUCCGGGUGUAUGAGUGGCUGAAUUACCUAUCGGGCACCGUCCAUGGUCAGGGCUAUGGAGCCUUGUGGAGACUGGCAAGGUACAUUGAAGACCCUAUGCUAUACGCCCAGGUACAGCAGAAGGGCCUUGAAACAAUCAAAGAAUGUUACGCGUAUAUCGAAGGAAAACUGAUCGAGAACAAAACGACAUACCUAGUCGGUCAAUCAUUGACUGCGACGGAUUUUUUCCUAUUCGUGAUAUACAGGUGGGGUUUGCGGGCAAAUAUCAAUAUGAAGGUUGAGUACCUCUGGAUGACAGCUUGGGCAGACAGGCUUCUUGAAGAGAAAUCCGUUCUCGGCGCUCUGAAAGUCCAUACCAAUGUCUGA